AUGACUCAGUAUAACACGUGGUUUCAGCAGACUUGUGGUCAUCUCGAUCCUAGGACUCGAGCAGUGAUCGUGCUUGGAAAGUUCGUCUGCGACUUGGACUGUGCCAACUACAUGCUCUCGAACAACCAGAAACUCUUGAUCGCGAUGCUGUUGGAUGGGGAAAAAUGGCGCGCUCACAAGAAGCAAAUCUUUCAUUAUGACGACGGAGCAUGGGUCAUGGAGCCAAUCCUGGUCAUCAAAGCUUGGGAACAUCUACUUGCUGUGGAGGGGCUCUUCAUUCAGUUAGCUUUGAACUUGGAAGAAUCACAGGAAGGUGUCACAUGGACGUGGGCGAGUGCAGGGACCCAGAUCAUGGCAAUUAUUGAGCUUUUCCUCCAAGCGGGUACCGACUUGAUUAGCCACUUGACGAAGGUUGCCAAGGACAACAGUGACCACCUCAGAGCUUCUACAUCUAAUAAAACCUGGCAUGCUUCCUGGCCACGACGGUGUGCGGACAUGCUUGCCCAGCUUCGCAAAGCCUGGGAAGAUGAGAGACCUCUCACGGUAUUGUCUAAGUUGUUCUUGACCGAAUGGGACACGCCUAUGCCGUCAUCUCACGGUGUUUGCUUCGAUAAUGUCUACCUAGAUGAUGCAUGGACAGAAGUACCCAAGUCUCCAGAGGCGAAUUGCUACUUGAAAAUCAAUUACAAGUUCCACUAUGAGCUGUUCCACACGGACCUGGACAUCAAAGCCACCAGGGAGAAGCUUCGUAUUUUCAUUGAGUCUGUCUAUUACAACAACGAGCAUUUGUUCCAGCUUAAGUUAUGCUUCAUGCACGCCGCCUUCCUCGGUAAAUGCACCGCCAAGAUGAUCUUCGAGAUCGGCAAGGGUGGCGAUGGAAAGGGCAUGGAAGCAAUCUUAGACCGGUCGUUGUUUGGUAGUGUUGCGAGUGCGACUCUCGACUGCGGCGUUUUCCUUGACAGAAUGGAAUUCCGCAAAUCCGCAGAGUUGGCAUGGAAUAAGGCCAACAUUCGUAUUCAGGAAAUGGAGAACCAUGGCCACUUCAUUGCAGACGUCUGGAAACGGUUCGUCGUGGAUGAAGAAAUUGACUGUCGAGUCAAUUAUGGUUUCACGUCAAAAAGAUGUUUUGGGGCCGCGCUCAAAGUGCAGGAGUUGAACUUUGAGAACAUUCCAGUCAUCGAAGAAAGUCGUGACCGAAACAAGUCGUGCGAACAGCUACGACGCAGAGUGGUGUGCUUCAUGAUGGGGAAGGCUAGUUUCACCACCAAGGCUGAGGAGGUGAACCACGAUCAAGGAAUCUUUCGGUACAUUCCUCAGGAUGAGCUCGUGACCUUUCUAUCUCAUCCCGUUACAGCCGCUGUUUACCUUCGCGAUUGGUGCAUCCCCUUCUUCCGUGACAACUCCAUCCAGGACUGUCUCAACAUGAUCAAUGAUCUGGCCUCUGUUCAUCCCGAUGUAGAGCGGGAUACUCAAUGGCUGGCCUUGUGUUUGUCGGGUAGUUCUGCACCCCCGCCUGGCGGUGUUGUGGAUCUUGUCUCAGAUGCGAAUGUUCGCGUGGUAGACGUUCAUGCCGACACUCCUUGGAAGAGCAUCAUCAAAGAGUACCUCAUUCAGAAAGUGGAUGCAUUGCCAGGCCAUGCCGCUUCAUCGAAAGGAAAACGGACCAAAAUGUCUUAUUUCACUGAGGCUGUGGAUAACGCGACGAUCCGCUUGUUCAAGCAGGUUGAGUCCAACUCAUUCCAUAAACUCCUCGUCCAGUGGCCGCGUCUCCUUUGCAUUAUGGAAGAACUUGGAGGCACUCCGAUCUUCGGCGACUGGUCUAUGUGGUCUUGUCCAUUCGACCUUCUGCAGCAUCAAGAGAAAUGGGACGGGGCAGCCUUUGAACAGGAUCGCCGGCUUCUCAUGAACCUGCGAACUUCGCCAAUGGCAGAUCCUGGCGUUUGGCGACCAACUGUUAGCUCCUUACAAGAACGCGUGGAUUGGGCUUCCCUAGAGUCCUACUUGAACCUCGGCACAGAUCGGCGCAUGGAGAUUCUCGGAAAGUACGUGGCAAGGCAUCAGGUGUCCGGCAUCAAGGAUUCCCACUUCUCGACAGCGGUAAUGGAGUACUACAAGCUUCCUCACUAUGGAAGACUUAUGGUUCGGGGUCCAGGCGGCCAGAAGCUGACCAAGGAGGCGCGACACGCAGCUUUCGGCAGUCACUGUGCAGAGAUAGAUGCUCCUUGUUGUCACCCUCGCUUGCUCGUUCUCAAACUGAAGACUUGGUAUCUAUGGGACGCCGACAAGUUCCCGAUGCUGAAGAUUUUCGUGGAACAUUAUCAGGCGUGGCGCGCAUGCCUUGCUAAGUACAUGAAUGUCGAUGUCGAUGUAGCCAAGACAGAGUUGACUAGGCUCUUCUAUGGAGGCAAGCCCACAGUUGAACUUCCCUUUUUGUUGAAGCUUGCAGAUGAGAUACAGCUCGCCGCCAAGACUUUACUCUCUCACGCUGGCGCGACGGAACUCAGUGAGCUUUUUUCGGAUCGCCGCAACCCUGAGUUCAGCCGCUUGUCCGCCUUGAUGUCAGGCGAAGAGGCCAUGCUGCUGGACAAAGUCGGUACUGUUGUGGGUGACCGCAUGAACAUGCUUCUCUUCGACGGUGCUUACAUCACGUGUGAUAAUCUGGAAGCGGAGACCUUGAUCCUAGAGGCUUGCCAGCUUUGUGCAGACACAGCCAUUCCCUUAACAGUGAGGUCAUGGCCUACCCAGUUGCCUUUGACAUUGCCUCGUCGUGCACUUCGGGACAAUUUGAGUGUGGUCAAGCCUGAUGCCCAGAUAAUCUUGAACUACAAAAAUUGCUUGAUCAACACCAUAGCCACACUAUGCCCUGCGUGUGAUGUGGGUGCAUUUUCGGAUCAGGAAGAGCCAUUGUCAGCGAGAAUGUUCAAUGCGACCCGUCUGUUCGACUCCCAGCGCCCUGUCAGCGAAGGAUACCGUUUGGUUCACAUUUGCAAGGAAGACAUCCUUACUCCGUCAGACUCUUCACUUGUGUGGUUUGGACAUCAUCCUCUUCAAGAGGGGCAUGGUCACUGGUUUGGCGCCACUCAACAUGAGAACGCCGCAGUUUUUUUGGAAUUGGACACUGCGGCUUGGCAGUCUCUUGUAGAAUGUGACACCAUGACCACAUGGUUUAGUUUGAAGAUAGUUCCACAUGAUUCUCCGGAAGAAGUCGGUCCUGCCUAUGAGCUCCUGGGAUCCUCUAUGGCCACUUCCACGGAUUUCCUCGAAAUCACUACGCCUUUGACAUCCUGUGCUGAAUGUGGCGCUCCUCUUGCCCGACGUGACUGUGUAUCCGCACGACUCUACACAUUAGGCGGCAUGAAAGAAGUCACAUGCGUGUCCAAGCGCUGCAGUUCCAAAUCCUGCAGAAUCACACACCAUUACAACUUUCGGAGCGUGGAGACUCACAAAUACCACACUUUGGACUUGGAAGAUAUGGAGUACAUCUUCAUCAACAGCAAAGUCGGCUUCUCCAUCGACUUCCUGGACUAUCAUGCAGCACUACAGUUUCGAGGACCUCUGAGCAAUAACGCGAUCGAGUAUGCUCAGUCCGAGACAUUGUGGGAAGAUUCUCAACAGCACUACCGGUGGCACAGAGAAUAUGCCGAUGCUCAACUUUAUUAUAUGGUGAUCCAGGAGGCUUCGAGUAUGUGGUCCUCCCUGCAAAAGGAGCACUUUCUCAAGAAAUUGAGAACAAAUGACUUGCAAAACCCCUUGACCAAAGAGUUCCUACUCUCAUACAGGUCUUGGUGGCAUGAAGUCGUUCUGAGCAAAAGGGAAUGGCAGCGAGUUCAGGAAAUCGUGAUCGAUGGCCAUCAGAAAGUUGCAGCGAAAUGCAUUGGCAAUCCUCCUGCACAUGCCGGUAGACCGCGUAAGGAUCGAGAUCCGCCAAAGCGUCAAAAUGGAUGGUUCAUGGCCGUGGAUCCCAAGAGCGGUCUCGUCUUGGCAGUUACGAAUAUGGAAAAUCCAGAGAACAAUGCGGUGGCUAAGAAGAUCCUGAUUCACGCUGUUUCCAAAGGACACCAGAUCAACUGCAUCGUCUACGACCGCAUGUGUGCAUGCUAUCAGCAGUUUGGUCGCGAGGCCGUUAUGAAGCAGAUCAAAUUCUGGUGCGUUGAUCGUUUCCAUGCACAAGCCCACGCACCAGGUUGCGCUUGUUCUCCACUGGUCCAUAAACGGCUUGAUCGUCGCCUUGAGAACGUCAACACGUCCGCCGCCGAACAAACUUUUGCAUGGUUCCGAAACUAUGCUUCGGUACUCAACACCAAGUCAACGGAGUUUCACAUCUUCCACGUGCUUGUCUAUGUCAAGAGGCACAACGAUUUGAUCCGUCGCAACUACAAGAAGCAUUUGAAUGCAUACAGCGCCAUGAAAAAGGUAGCACGGGUCAACCGGGACUCCUUUUCAGAGCGCAAGUGGCGUGGGGGCCUGCAGCUUGAUUGGGUCGGGAAUUGGAUCGAUUACAGUCGCUUCAAACUUAGGAUUUCGGAGAAGAGGUGCCGAUGGAUCAUUAGCGGCAUCGAAUCCAUGGAAGGGAAUGGAUGGCUUGUUGAUGUGAGGCGCUUUCACGAGCUUCACGGGAGGUUCAGUUUCAUGUCCCAGGUUUUAGUUUGGAUGAGGCCCGUCUUGGCUCCGGAUUACGCUUGGCUAGCUGCUGUGCGGAAAGGUGCGGUCCUCGCACUCUCCAAUCUCAUCCGAUGUGUUUUGUGGUUUAUUGCAGAUCGCUUGAGGAACGGGGCUCGUACUUACGAGUCGGGCCGUCUUGAGAAGGACCGUGGUGAGCUUUUCCGCACGGAUGCAGCUUGCAAUGAUUCUUCGAUUGUUCUGGGCGGAUGGUUUCUGCACAAAGGGCCGGAUCCCAAGAAGGCCCCAUGGUUUCAGAUCACUUUGAGCAGAGACGAUGCUUCUUGGUCGUUCAAGAAGGACUUGGGCAGUUCGUGGGCGAGCACUUCCGCUGAGGUUCUCGCUUCACUGGCGGCGCUACACUUGUUGAGACGUGGCUUCAAAGAGCUUUGGUCUGUCCCAGGGCACUUCCGGGCCAGUUUCUUUGGUGGGACAGAUAAUAAAUCCGCUGAGGCACUGUCUUGCAAACUGCUUACGACGCGAGCACCGCUCAUGUUCGUCGUGAUGGAGUUUGUCACCUUUUGUGACGCUCUUGGUUUCAGGUGCAACCUCAGCUGGAGACCCAGGGACUCCAAUCAGGAAGCCAGUCGCAUCACCAAACAUGUUUUCGAAGACUUCGAUGAAAACUUGAGAUUACCUUUCAGCUGGUCAGACAUGACCUUGUCAGUUCUGCCGUCUCUCUUGAGAUUCGCAAGCUUUCAGUCUGAGCUCGACACCAUCAAGGCUUCAGAAGAUGGAACAAAUUCAGAGGCCCGGCGGGAGGGGGACAAUGGGGAGCUUGCGGUCCCUCACAGCCAGACUUCGGCUCGCUAUAUACGGAAGGUCCUCGACCUCCUUCUCAUCGUCGCCGGUUCCUCCAGCGGCCGUGGUCUCGUGGCGACCACGUUUUCGCUUUCCUGGCAGAUCGAAUCCCAAGUCAAGCAAAGCAUCCCGGUCCGGUUCCCCGAGCUGUCCAUCGUUUGCAAUGGUGUACCCGGCAAGGGCCAAGCGACAUCCUUUUUUCGUGGAAUGCCAGACAUGUGGGUCGAGGGUCCGGGUGGGCCUUACGAUGUCCUUGUGCCUCGGCUGAGUACGGAAGGGUCUGGUCCUCUGUUUGAGCCGGCCUCUGCUGCAAAGCUUCUCCAGAUGCUGGUGAACAUGAGCUCCAGCUACUACAGCCCGGGACAGUAUUGUAUCUCCUUCUGUGUCCUAGACGAUGGGAGUUCGCCACGGCGUGUGGCGCAGCUUUACCGCUCCUUUGCCGGGGAGGCUGGUGAAGCGCAUGAGGUCGACUUCCUCCUUGGGCCUGCCACCUUCGGCUUUCGCAGCAUUGCGGCCCAGGUAGCGCAAGAGUCUCAGAAGCCUCUUCUGCUGUGGUCCACCACCGCGACACUGGGCCAGAAAGUGGUGAGCCAGGCACAGCAGCUGACCUCGACAGAGGCUAUCAGCGAGGUUCGAAACCUCCGGCAGAUCUGGCGUGACGGCGGGCUUAGCCAGGAUGUGCCACCGGAGUGCGGCGAGUUUUGCGAGGUGCUGGAAGGCUCACCCUUCAGUGUCGGCGAGACCUGUGCGCAGCUGACGCCUCCCGCAGGGCGCGAGCUGCGGCCUUUAGCGAAGUACCUCUCCUGCGAGGGACCCUGCGACACCGUGACCGACCUCGACUACUGCACGCGCAAUGUCACCACACUGUCCGUGCAGGGCACCUGGGAUCCAGCUGGGGCACUGCUGCACGGUGGCUGGCAGGCAGGCUGUCUGCAGGGAGUGGCUUUGGCCCACAGCCAAACUUCCAUGCGUCUGACGCUCCACUUCGAUGAGUCUCCCGUGAAGGUUUCUGUGUUCAUGAACGGCACCCUGGCACCCUACGGGGAGUUGCGGGUGGAGGGAAGCUCGGUUUAUUCUCCGGGAGAAUGGCUGCACAUCCUCAUAGACGGCGCAGAGUUGCUCUUCGAGUAUUCCGGUGACACUGAUGUUGACUGGAGCAUCUGUCUGGUGCAAACUUGUACCGGCUUCGUGUGCAACGCUAGCUACAUACCGGACCCCACGGCUGUUUGCCAGGGCCUCGCCUGCGAUCCCCAGGUGGAUCACGAAGUCUGCUGCGUCAAAGAGGCACCAGACCAGACAACGUUCCUGGGCCAAGAUUACCUCUCUACCACCAUGGACAUGAGCAUCCCUCCCAGCGACUGGCUCCACGACAUCCUACGGCGGCUGUACGAGGACGACAGCUCCGAGCUGUUUGCCUGCGUGGCACAGAACGAUCCACGAGGCCUAUUCGGGGAGCUCUGCAAAACCUACGUCGCCCGUGCCAUCAGCGACGGCUUCAAAACACUACCCACGGGGCCACUUAUACUCAAUGCCGACAACGCCGUUGCGGACAUGGUCGCGAAGUUGCAGCAAUUCAAACCACUUCCACAAAUCGUGCUGAUUUGUGCCGAUCUACCUAUCUUUUCGAGCUUCCUCUACGGCAUGAUCACGAAUCAGGGUGCUUUCAACUGGGUCGUCAGCGCCUUCCCAUUCGAGCUGACUCUGCGCUAUGUGGUGCCAGCCUACACCCUCUUCUACAACGUGCUGGAGACCGCACCCUGGCCCUCUUGGCAGUAUCUCACUGAGUAUGCGGAGGAUCCAUCGGCUUGCGCGCUGCAGCUCACACCCCUCAGACAAGAGAAGGAAGAGCUGUUGCAAGCUGGCCUCUCGGUGCAGGAGCUUCACCUGGCAUCAGCUGGGCAGAUCCUGGAAUCCCUGGUGUGCUCCAACUACAACAACUUCUCCUUCCGGUACAUCUCCAUGGUCCAGGAGAUGGGUCCCGGGCGAGACGGUCCGACCUUCUACUUCCCGGAGGACGAUGGUCGGCUGGGCUUCCUGUACUUUCUACGCGAUGGUAUGAGCCAGCAAGGGCACGGGGGAGGACAAGGUGGCUUCGCGACGUCUCUUGGUCAGAUCUACUUCGGGAACCGGGGCAGCCGAAUCAACCUUGCCAGGGAGGACGUUUCUUCUUGGCGGCAUGACAUUCUCCCUCCGCUUCAGGACCUGAGUGAGUCCGUGUCGGCCCCGGACUCCUGGCUCUACAACCAAGCCCGCUUCAGCAUCAGCAUGCCGAGCAGCAUCACGGAGCCUGUGCUUCAUGCGCAGUUGUGGCCGAUGGGUCGAAAAGUCUUGGGCACAUAUCCCUGUCCGGUCGGAUGCAGAGCAACGAAUCGCUACACCUGUUCAGCCUGCCGGCCUGGCACCUACCGUCCGUCUGGAGAGACGGGAUGCGUGCCGUGCACGCAGCUGGCCAGCGACGUGUUCCAGGAUUCCUGGGCUGGGGCGAUGUGCUUCAAAUGCCCAGUCGGGGCAUUCUGCGAUCCCAGCCUCCCUGCCCAGGAGCCGAUCGCCUUGCCUGGUUUCUUUCGCGUCGAAAACCAUACCUACACGGCGAACUUCGGGAAGUGGUCGGUGGAGUCGGCCUGCAGCUUUAGCGAGGGCCUGGCAGACGCCCACGCAACCGAGAUGGCGAGCUGGACGGAGGCCAAGAAAAACCACCGAUGGUUGUUUCAGCGGUGCGUGCCUGCGUCCAGUUGCCUUGGAAACAACCAGUGUUCCGAACUGAAUCGUGGCGUCGGAUGUGAGAUGUGCAUUGCAGGCUACACCAAGUACGAGGCCUACUUCCUGUACACCAGCUGCCGGAAGUGUCCGCCAUUCUGGUGGCUCAUCUUGGAGUGCUGCGUCCCUGCCAUCGUGCAAUUCUUUGCCGUGCUCGUGCUGGUAAGGGCCGGGAAGAACACAGCGGUGAAUCGCUUGAGCCUCGCAGCGCCACUCCUGGUGGCGUUGCUUCAGGGCCUGCAGAUGCACGCAAACUUGAGCAAGGUCAUGAUCAAUGUCGGUGCUGCGCGAGAGGACUUGGGGAGAUUUGUCUACGCUCUCACAUGGACCGAGGUGCUGAUAGCGCCCUGCCUUGCGCCCUGGAUGCUUUGCACUCUUCCAGUCCAAGGAGAGGCAGACGUCGGGCUCUACGUCUUCUUGGUCGUCGCUUCAGCUUUUCUGCCCAGCGCCUGUUACUUCCUCCUGCAACUUUUCAACACGUGCCGGGGACGUGCGAGCCGCCACACACUGGUUCGAACUCUGAUUGCGUCGAAUUACGUGGCCCUGCCCACAGCUUUGAGAGCGACGCUGGAGGUCACCAGAUGCAGUAGAGACGCAAACCUACAGAGGACGCUCGAAAUUGACAGGUCGAUCCUCUGCAGCGACGACCCGUUUGUGGGGACGAACCUCCUUCAAAGCAUUGUGAUCAUCAUCUGCAUGGUGAUGUUGUUGCUUGAGACGUUGAUUCACUGGAGCACUUUGAAGGAAGCAAAGUACCUGCAUGUGCAGGAAAGUUUGGGCUUGCUUCACCUAAAGCUGAUUCCGCACAUGUGGUACUGGCGCGUGCUCGAUAAUUUUCGCGUGUACUCCUUCAUCUUUUGGUUGAGCACUGGCGACCUGACAGUGAACUUUGCAUGCCAGGUUCUGGCAGUCGUAGAACUCUUAUACUCGUCGCUCUUGGUUGGGUUUGCGCCCUACACGCGGAUGGGUGCAGAUGCCAUGCUCCUGUUCAAGGAAGCAAUCUCAAGCAUCCUGGGAAUCCUCUCGUUGCUGCUGUUCCUGAUAACAUGGGUGGAGCCCAGCACAGUGUCCGAGGAGGCGCUGAAUGCGCAGCCGUUCCUCAUCGUACUGGACGAACUUCUGGAUAGAUUCGCUUUCGGCGACGUGCUCGUGGCAUUGAGCGGCCUACUUUUGGUGCUGAAGGGCUGUUUAAAGCUGAUCGACAAUCGUUAUGCGCUCCCUUACAACAUGAAGUUCCAAACCGGGAGCCCGAGCAGAUGUGGAAGUGUGUUCCUGGGUAUGCUGCGCCACUUCCCGGGGGCGCACAGCAUGUUGGUGCACCGCCACGGCGAAACUGUGAUGCUGGACACGCGAGGCAUCCCACCGAAGCAGAGAUCGAAGCUGCUCCUAGGAGUUGCCAGUGGCCUUCGAUUCCUCUUCGCACAGUCCGGCGAGUUUAAGAUCAACGAUGUCCGCAGGCAGAUCAGCGAUUCGGCCACCAUGGUCUCCACGGCACGCAAGGCGCGCUUCCUGAUCAAGACGGCCGCCGCACGCAGGGAGGUCUUCCAUCACUCCUGGAGCGGCCGCCAUCAUCGUGAAGGUGUGGGCAGCAUGGAUGAGAAGAUGCUGUACAAGAAGUUGGUGGCUGCGAUGCAGCACGUCACGGAGGCAGAGCUCUCCGCUGCCGUGGAAGACAUGUGCGACGGCGAUAUGAUGCAAGAACACCUUCUGCCAACGUUCUUCGAACGUCUUCGUCAAAGGAAAAAGGUGGCGGACUUGGUCGAUGAGGAUGAGGACGAGGAGAAUUUCAAUGUCAUCACACGGACGACCCAGGAUUCAGCUCAUCGUUUCUUCCGCAAACAGAAGGAAGACGAGUGGGAAGAACCUGAAAUGCCCUUCGAGAAGUUGGAAGUGGAGGAGCCCAAGCAGAAGCUCGAAGACAUGGAAAGAAAGCUGUGGACCUUGAUGCACGAGGAGGGCGUUUCUGGUAUGGAGACGGAGGCGCAGGACCUGUCGGAAUAUGGGCUGAAGCUCCUGGGCCAGUUUCGCCAGGUACAGGCAUUGCUGUCAGUGAUGCAGCAGAUGUCAGAGUUCGAGCCGAUCGGAGAAACAGACGCACUUCGCCGUGGCAGCACGAUGAACUUCUCGCAGCAGCUCAUCGUGGACAUGAACGCCAUCAAGGACCCGCUGGGCCUCGAGUAUCACAGCAUGAACGCGAAGAUAAACUUCAGCAUGACCGCCGUCAUCGUAGUGGUCGUCCUCUUGCAGCGCUCGCGCGCCUUUGCACUAGAUAUCGCGAGUUUCGGGUUCUCGGCUGCCCUUGGAGGACCUUAG